GUGAAUAGACUCGUACUCUAUAUUGUCAAUGGCAGUUGCACAAUUUUCCCCUUUUUUACUUUGCCGAAAACGAAACGAAGAGGUUAGAUUUUAAUUUUGCAGGAAAGUUCCACUUAAAUUCAUUGAAGUAAAGUUUAUUCCGAUUCAAUAAUGGCACAAAGUAAGCUGAAUGAUAUGGCUGGUAAAUUCGCGAAGGGUGGCCCACCGGGGCUAGGCAUUGGAGUGAAACUGGUAGCAGUCGUCGGAGCAGCAGUUUACGGUAUCUCACAAUCGUUGUUUACUGUAGAAGGAGGUCAUCGGGCUAUCAUGUUCAACAGAAUCGGAGGUGUUCAGCAACAUGUCAUGUCGGAAGGAUUACAUUUCCGGGUUCCAUGGUUCCAGUAUCCAAUCAUUUAUGAUAUCAGGUCUCGUCCUCGCAAGAUCUCAUCACCUACUGGCUCUAAAGAUUUACAAAUGGUUAACAUUUCCCUGCGUGUGCUGUCUCGACCAGACGCCAAUAAUUUAUCUAUUAUGUAUAGGCAGCUUGGAACAGAUUAUGAUGAAAAAGUAUUGCCAUCAAUUUGUAAUGAAGUCCUGAAGUCAGUAGUUGCAAAAUUCAAUGCUUCACAACUCAUCACACAGCGUCAACAGGUGUCAUUGUUGAUCAGAAGGGAAUUGGUGGAACGAGCUGCGGAUUUUAAUAUUAUUCUAGAUGAUGUAUCUUUGACUGAAUUAAGCUUUGGCAAAGAAUACACAGCUGCGGUAGAAGCGAAGCAAGUAGCCCAGCAAGAAGCUCAGCGCGCUGCUUUUGUGGUGGAAAGAGCCAAACAGGAACGGCAACAAAAGAUUGUCCAAGCCGAGGGAGAGGCUGAAGCUGCAGAAAUGUUGGGAAAAGCUAUGGGCAUGAACCCAGGAUAUCUGAAGUUGCGUAAAAUACGUGCUGCCCAAAGUAUUUCCAGAAUGAUUGCUCAAUCCCAAAACAGAGUCUUCCUGCCUGGCAACAGCUUAAUGAUCAAUUUGCAAGAUCCCACCUUUGACGACUUAUCUGAAAAACUUACCAAAAAAAAGUAACAUGAGGUUAUGGUGGAGUGUGAUGAGGGCUUGGGGCAGGCCACCACUCUAACCGAUGAUGAGGCCGCUGUCAUAAUCAGUGGUGCUGCUUCAAUCGCCGUUUAGUGCAUUUGUGUUAGCAUUUCACAAAGUGUAAAGUCAAGUACUCUUGUUAUAUUGUGGCCUGUUUAUGUUUUAGCUGUAGAUUUAUAGUAUGUAUGGAAUCAUAUGUCAAUAAAGUUAUUAAAAAUG